CAGUACCAUGAUCAGCUGCAAAAUGCCUGAUGUCCAAUGCAGCACAGCACCCACCCCAAUUGCGAAUUGAGGUCUCAAAAGGCUAAUGAAGCAAGGCUAAGCAUCUUCGGCCCCCGUACAACUUCACAUCAAGCUCCGAUUUUCGCGUUUCAGUACAGACCGCGUCACUCAGGAUUCAAUGGGUCUGUGAAGAACGGGACUAUACAAAACUUUUCCAUCCAUCCGUCCUCUUCUCUUGUACGACUUUCUCAUCGACAGUGCGUUGGAAGGAGCGGAUUUGUCUCUGUCCCUCUCCGACGAGUCCCUCCACAUGCUGCUUCACAUCUUUGGCCGCGUCCUGAGCGUCCUGCCCACUACGACCGGUCUCGCCCUUGAUCGCAUCCACCGCAUCUCCCACUCGUUUGCUGACAGACUCGGAGCCAGUGCCCACCGGACCGCGCUUUUCCCCACUUAACAGCUGGGGCUCGGCACCGACAGCAAACUUGGUCUGUCCAGAAGCUUCCUCGAGAACAAGGCCAGUGCCCGUCGCACGCCAGCCGAAACUCU